AUGCAAUACCGACUUGUAGCUCUCUUCGCCGUGACUGUCACCGCAGUCCCUAUCAUCCUGACAGGCGGCAGUAACGCUGUUCUUCCCCGCUCGGAGGAUCUUAUCGACCAGGUCGAUGUUUUAGCCAAUGUCUUGAGCAAUGGAGACAGCGCCGAUGUUAAGAAAGCUAAGCGUGGUGGUAUCUCGCUUGGUGGUGUUGGUGCCGUUGAGGCGGCAAGUCCUAUCAUUGAUGCUGGAAGUGCGAAGCGUGGCGAGGAUAACCUGGUUGAUCCCGUCAGUGUGGGCACUUCUGACAUUAAUGUCGGUCGUUAA